CACACGAAUCCAAUUAUUUUUUUCGCCACACCUACUUUAACGUUAAACAUAGAAUGUCACGGCAACAAACCAAGCAGCGUCGACAGAAGGGCCGGUUCUCACCCGAGGACGAGGCCCGGCUGAUUGCGCGUCUGGACGGCACGUACAAUGACGAGCUGCUGGCGCUGGCGCGGCAUUUUGGCGGACAGCUGCAGGCGACUAGGGCGCAUGUAAAGGACAUUGACGUGCACGGGCUGACGGUUGAGUGGGAGACUGAGGGGAAGCGCGAGGAAAUGCAGUUUGCGUUCCGCGAGGUCACCGGCCCGGCAUCGGCCAUGGAGGAGAUCAACGAACUGGCCACCGAGGCGCUGCAGGCGCUAGGCGUCACGGAGCCAUCGCGGCUGGCGCGCGACCGCGCCCAGCUGCAGUCGCAGCAUCUGGUGGAUUUCUCGUUCCGGCUGCCAGGCGUGCCGCUGAUGGCGGCGGUUCUGCUGGGCAUGGGCCUGCAGGGGUACCUGGGGCUGGUGGCAGAGGUCCACCCGAUGGUGUCGUUUUUCCGGGCGGUUCUGCCGCAGAUGUGGUCGUAUUAUAUAUUCGUGGUGGCGUGUGGCCUGCAUGUGUUCGAGGGGCUAGCUUGCUGUGCACUGUGCCAGCUGAUCAAGCUGUUCCAGCCCAAGCAGAUGUCGACCAGGGAGCAGCUCAAGUGGACGGUGGGCGUGACGCUGUUCGGCUUGGGCUGCUUCCAUGACUUCCUCUCGCGGCUGCGCAGGCAGUUUGCGCUGGCGGAUGCCAUCGGCCCGCGCCCGCCUAAUCCCGCGUCUAGCAAAAAGUCGCAGUGAAUACCAAAGUAGUGUUUUCUAUGGAAAAGUUGAAGAACCCUCUCUAUUCUGU